AUGAAUGUCAGUGAGAUGUUGGACCUUUCAACUUCUUCUUAUACUGUAUUCUACGAUGAAUUAUCGAUUGAAACGACAGUUACUAACGAAAGCAACACAGUAGAACAGUGGAUUUCAUCAACAAAUGUUAAAAAACAAAGAGUUGUUGGUUUAGACACAGAAUGGAUGCGAGUGGAGAAGGGUAAGAUGAAAGUUGCAAUUUUGCAACUUUGUAUUGAAAAUAAGUGUCUGAUCAUUCAAUUGUUCUGCAUGAAUAAGAUUCCUCAGUCUCUAAGGAAUUUUUUAAUGGAUUCUACACUUGAAUUUGCUGGAGUUGGAGUGAUGAACGACAUGAACAUGCUUGAGAAGAAUUAUGGAUUGAAGUGCAAUAAAGGCAUAGAUGUGGCUGUAUUAGCAAAGAAAAGAUGGCCUAACAGGAUUUCUUCUGCAUCGUUGAAAUAUUUGGCAAAGGAGUUGCUGGGUCUUGAAAUGGAGAAGUCAAAGGCUGUGUGUACAAGUGAUUGGAAAUCAAAGAAGCUUACUGAAACACAAGUAGAGUAUGCAUGCAUUGAUGCAUAUGUUUCUUAUAAGAUUGGUAAAAUGAUAAUCUCAGAUGAAUGA